GCUCCUCGGGACGGCGGCGGCGGCGGCGGUCUCGCUGGGCAGCAGAGGUCGCGCCCCCGUCCCGGGAAACCAGGGCGUCACGGAGCCCGUCCCCGAGAGAGCCCCCUGACCAGUCGGUUGGCGGUCUACCUGGAGGCGGUCAGGGCCAGCCCUCGGCCCCAACCGGGGCCUGAGAACCACACCAGAACAAGACAGGAGACCUUCCCAUCCACCAGUGAACGUGGUGUUGGUGGUGGAUGGCAAUUACACUCUCCGCACUGCCCCCAGAGCGGCCCGGGGUUCUUCUGGGAAACCCCCGCCCCGCUGGCCCCCGAGGCCCCCUUCCAGCCGCCCCCUCCUCGGCUGCUGGACCUCAGGAUGCACGGUGUCGGCUGCUGCCGUCGCGCCCGUCCCGGGGAGGAGGGGCGCCCGGGUUCUCGACUUACGGAAGACGUGCUCGGUGGGAAGCUCAUCCCAGUGCCCGUGAUGCGGAGCCCCGGCGGGCCGCCGUUCCGGGUUAGCGGCCGGGCCGGGCCUGGAGCCCGGGUGAACCGGAUCUUGGACUGGCAGCGGUGCCCACUUCUGGAAGAAGGAGACCUAAUCGUGAAGCUGAACGGGGCGGAUGUGCGGGGCCUGAGCUCAGGCCAGGUAGAGGGGCUGCUGCAGGAACACCUCCCAGCCGACGAUGUGGUGCUGCUGGUGCGGAGGGAAGCACCCAGGAGGCAGGCCCCAACACACCGAGAACCGUCCUGUUCACGUUCCCCAGAGUCCCCCACCUGCAGUCCCCUCUGCUCUCCCUGCACCCCAAGACGCCGCCGCUUGUCCCAGCCACCCUCGGCCAAGGGAAAGCCCUGGCUUAGGCCAUCUGAGCCGCCCCCAGAGCCCCCUGGGGCUCCUGAUCACCCACCCACUCCGUUUCAUCCGCCCGGCGCCCGGGCUCCAGCCCCCGAAGCCGUGGAGGUGACGAGCUUCAUGGACCCGGAGCCCAGGGAUGUGCCGUGGUGCCCCUGGAGGGGACGAGGCCCGGGGCCCCCCCGAGGAGCCUCCGGCCAAAGGACCCUGGACGCCCCGGAUGGGCGGGGGUGGGAGGCCCGGGGCCUCGGAGCCCUCACCGAGGUGGUGCUGAGGCGACGGGAGGAUGAGGGCUUUGGCAUUGUCCUCGUCACUGAAGAGAUGGCAGCUGGCUCCCUAGUCUCCCAACGCAUCGCCAAGGUCCGCCAGGGCAGCCCAGCCCAGCGGAGCGAGGGUCUCCAGGUGGGCGACCGGCUGGAAGGGGUGGGCGGCCGCUCCAUCUUCGGCGCGGCGCCCAGGGACAUCGGCGACCUCUUCCGCCGGGCCGGGACCACCCUGCGCUUGCGGAUCUUGCCUCACGGGGAAACAGGAGCUUCCUGUGACUCUGAUGCUGCAGACAUCGAAGUGAAUGACAGUCGCAUGCCCCACUGUGUCCCCAUGGUGUCAUCUCGGGGUCCCAUUUCACAGCAGGGAGCUCCUGACCCGGCCUGGAGCACUUCCCGGCCGCAGGAGUCAGGUCGGUACGUGGUGGAGUUGCACCGAGGCCCCAAGGGCUUUGGCUUCAGCUUGCGGGGUGGUAGCGAGCACAACAUGGACAUCUUUGUGCUGGGGCUGAUGGAAGGUGGCCCGGCCCAGCGCAGUGGCAAAAUCCAGGUGAGUGACCAGCUGAUGGAGAUCAACGGGCAGCCUACGGGGGGCAUGACCCACGCCCAGGCCGUGGAGCACAUCCGCAACGGUGGCAGCCGCAUCAGUCUGGUGCUUCGGAGGGGCAACGGCGCGGUCCCCGGAUAUGGCCGCGGCCGAGCCUCGGACGGGUCCGGGCCAGAGGGAGACGCCGGCCGGGGACCUCCGCCGCCCAGCCCGGCCCCCCGGCCCCGGGCCCGGCCCCGGCCAGGCCCGGGCCGCUCCGACCGGGCGGCCGAGGAGAGAGCCACGCCGCGGGAGCCCCGUGGGGACAAGCCCGGCCCCGGGGCCCGAAGCCGAGAAGGGGAGGGCGAGACAGAGGCCCCAGGAGCCCGUGACCCCGGCCGAAGGGCGACCCUCGAGACUUCUCCGGGCCCCUGGCUAGUGCCCAGCAAGGAGCGGGUUUCGCAAGCACUGCGGAGCCCCGGGUGUCCCCAGAAGGACCCCAGAAGGUCAGGCGGGACCCCGGCAAAGGCAGGGAGGCCCGAAGGAGGAGUUGAGAGCCAGACCGGGCCUCUUCCCGCUGCCUCCCUCGGCCUGGGCCACACCUCCGCUCCGGCCAGGGCAGUGGAAGAGGCCGUCCUGCCAUUGUGACAGUCUUCAAAUUAUGCAAUGGCUCCUUCCGCUCUUUUUCUUUUUUGGCCGCCCAUCUCCUCUCCGGGGAGGUGGAUGGUCUCCCCUAUCUCGCCCGUGAACAGCCGGGGUCCAGAGAAAAGCCGGCUGAAUGCAGCUCCCGCCAUAUUAUGCAACCGAACUGCCUCGUUCUCCCCUGGCAUGCAGAGUACUGUCGGCAGCUCCCACCCCCGCGUCUGACCUAUGCAGUGGUUAAGUGUCUCUCUCUCUCUCCCCCAGCCUUUCCCUAGCCCUGCUCCCCUCCUCCCCUCCUUCCAGGUAAUAAAAGAGUAGCUUCGAGUUUAGGCCUGUUUGAGGACCCCGCCCACUCACUACCAGCUAGUUUUAGAGUCCCGAGAGAAGCUGCUGCAGAAUUCCUCGAGAAGAAAAUCCAGCCGGGCUUCUCACCCUGCCCCUUCACUCUUCAAUCAACCCAAUGAAUCCAUGGUAUUUAUUGAGCGCUUUGCUCUCGACUCUGACACUAGUUGGGUUUCAGGCCUUCCCGCUGAGGUGAGGUUCCCGUACUUCAGUCCCCUUUCCUUCCCAAGCUCUCAUUCUACCGGGGGCAGGUGUCAAGGACCGGGUGGGAGAGCCCCGACUAGGGCCCCGGGAAUAGGACACUGCAUUGGUAUCUCUCCUCUCGUCUGACCAACUCCGGCUUCAGCGGGAGAGCAAGUCCUCCGCCUCUACGCACCUCCUUCCGUCUCCCACUGAGUCCUGUGUCCCUCUCUCACUCCUGCAGUUUGACGAGAGUAUUCAAAGCAGGGACAUGGCAUUUUAGGCGGGAGGAUCAGACUCCGGGCCCAUCUUCUUUUUGCCUGCUGGUUCCCUUACCCCUCUCCACCAGGGCUUCUCAGCCCUACCUCGGAAGACCAGAAGCUAGUCGUACAUAAAAAGGUAUCCAAAGUCCGCCAUGCAGGAGAAAUCACUCUCAGAAAUUGGCCUCAGAAAUUACUCUCUUCACACCCCAAAUCUCCCAACUCUCCCUUUAUUUCUAGAGACAUAUAUCUCAAAGAUGCUUUGCCAGGGUAGCAUCGGGGACCGAUAGCGUUCAGCCCAUGGAGGACUGAAAAUUGUGAGUUUGACAGAUAGUCCUGACUCUCAAACGUCAGGCUGACAGGUUUAGGCUUGAAAGCAGCAGAACAGAAAAUUGUUUAGUUCGAGCCCCGAGUCACCUGGCUCCAUUCACUAGACUUCUUCCCGCGUGUUGUUGGAAUAGGGGUAUAAAUUUGUCACGGGCGGGGAACGCGUCUGCUAAUUCCGUUGUACUCUCCCAAGCGCUUAGUACACUGCUCGGAACAUAGUGAGCGCUCAGCAAAUACCAUUGAUUGAAUAGAGGUGGGCACUAAAAGCACAGUCCUAGGCAGAGCAUCCUGUGCGUUACCCUCCUUGCCUUGAUCUGAUCUUUUCCCCCUCAGCUCCACUUUGGAACUGAAGUUGACCUGAACGAUGGCUGGAGAUCCCAGGCAGGUCUCCAUCCCCUUCGACUGGGUGUCCCCUAUCUUUGGAAACUUGAGGUUUUUUCUGGUCUAGAAACGGUAAUGUGGCUGGCGGGGUUUGGUCCCUAAGCUCUUACAACUUCCUGCUUGUGGCUCUCAGCAAUUUCUGAACCAGCCCUGGGGAGCUUUGAGCUCAGACCCCAGAGCCCACCUCCACUUCCUUCCAAACCACCAUUCAGAAUGCGCUUCUCAGGUACCAUGAUCCUAUCCACAUGGCACAGGGCAAGGGAAACAGGUUGGAUCUCUGUGGUAGUUAUGGACAUGUCACUCGAGUGUUUUCGUACUGUUGCUAAAUUCAGAAGUUGCCUUGGUUUCUCACUUAUAAAUAGGACAGAAUCGAAAAACCCGAGUCAUGUUGCUUCCUUUCCUUCCUGCUAACUGGCAUAGGAUGCCCAGUGACUGUUUUUUAAAGGAUGCCGAUGAAUAAAAAGGUCUUACCACA